AUGGCCGCCAGAAAACCAGUCGCUGCGUUGCGCCCCGUGGCCAAUGUCUUUGCGCCCCAGGUUGGAAGACUUCAAUGCCCAAAAGUCGCCCGGUAUUCCACCCGAACAUGCACAUGGCCUGCCCCGCGACCCCGCAACUUCACAGAACCAGCGCGACAGCAUGUGCGAUGGGCUUCUUCACAGGCAGCAGGCGAGCAGCUGGGAAAGACUGGUCUGUAUGAACUGCACAGCAAGUAUGGUGCCAAGUUUGUGCCUUUUGGCGGAUACUUGAUGCCCGUCCAAUACAGCGACUUGAGCAUCAUCGACUCGCACAAUUGGACGCGCGAAAAAGCCAGUUUGUUUGAUGUUGGCCAUAUGGUCCAGCAUCACUUUUCUGGUCCCGGUGCCGAGGCCUUUCUCGAGAGCAUCACUCCCUCUGCCCUCUCAGCCCUGCCCAAACAUCAGUCUACUCUCUCAACUCUGCUCAAUUCCAAUGGUGGCAUUGUUGACGACACCGUCAUCACGCGUCUCACGGACAGGUUCUAUGUUGUGACAAAUGCAGGCUGCAGAGAAAAGGACACUGCUUAUUUCAAGGCGCAACUGGAUGCAUGGAAGAGCAAGCAUUCUGAUCAACCAGUCGAAUGGCAGAUCCUAGAUGGGCAGGGCCUUGUCGCCCUCCAGGGGCCCCUCUCCUCCGAGAUACUCUCUCGCGUGCUUGACGACAAGUCGAAGAAGGACCUGGAAUCGCUCUACUUUGGCCAGUGUGCCAAUGCAACCAUCAAGGGUACCGACGCCGAGGUGCUUGUCAGCCGUGGUGGUUAUACUGGCGAAGAUGGCUUUGAGAUCAGUAUUCCUGCCUAUGCCACCGAAGCCGUCACUCAAUACUUGCUCGACUCGGCCAAAGACGAGCUGCGAUUUGCAGGUCUCGGAGCGCGUGACACUCUCAGGCUCGAAGCUGGCAUGUGCCUAUACGGCCAUGACCUAGACGACACCACAACACCUGUCGAGGCCGGCCUUUCCUGGAUCAUCGGCAAAGACCGCCGCGUAAAAGGUGGCUUUCUCGGCGACUCUGUCAUUCUACAACAAUUAAAGAAAAAGUCGGAAGGUGGAGGUGUUUCGCGCCGCCGAGUGGGUCUUGUCGUUGAGGGAUCUCCCGCCCGAGAAGGCGCUGAGAUUGUCAACGAGGCUGGCGAGAAGAUUGGCAACAUUACCUCUGGCUGCCCGUCACCCACCCUCAAGAAAAACAUUUCCAUGGGCUACAUACAAGAUGGCAUGCACAAGGCGGGCACUGAAGUCGAUGUUGUAGUUCGUGGUAAGAAGCGAAAGGCCGUCGUCACGAAGAUGCCAUUCGUGCCAAGCAAAUACUUCAAGCAGCCAGCCAAUGUAAAGGCAUAG